CCCCUGGUUGUGUGGGGUUGUUUCCGCCCGUGUGCGGAGCCACUUCGUUGAACUCAGAACUUUCCGCGUGUGUCACACAGGCGUCUCCUCACCUGAAGGACUGUGAGCCACGAAGGGCCCCUCAGAGGUCCCCCCGCGACCUGGCCGUGCGGACGGGAACCAGGAGUGCUCUGGGGUGUCCCCACCUCCACCGCCCACGUGCCCACCCUGGGUCUGAGCAGCCUGGUCCGCCCCCAGCCUUCAUGCCAGCAGCUUCCGGAAGGCGGUACUGCCGUGUCCUGGGCGUUGUGGGGUCUUCCUGAGCUAACUGACACCACCUCCCUCUGUAGCAGGUGCACCCGGCCUUCCGGUGGGCGCGGACAUGGCGGCGCUCAGGCAGCUGGCACUCCUGCUCUGGAAGAACUACACGGUGCAGAAGCGCAGAGUGCUGGUCACCGUCCUGGAGCUCUUCCUGCCCCUGCUGUUCUCUGGGAUCCUGAUCUGGCUCCGCUUGAAGAUCCAGUCGGAAAACGUGCCCAACGCCACCAUCUACGCUGGCCAGUCCAUCCGGGAGCUGCCCCUGUUCUUCAGCUUCCCCCCUCCCGGCGACGCCUGGGAACUGGCCUACAUCCCGUCCCACAGCGACGCCGUGAAGACCAUCACAGAGACGGCGCGGAGGACGUUGGUCAUCAACAUGAGAGCUCGGGGCUUCCGCUCGGAGAAGGACUUUGAGGACUACGUCAGGUACGACAACCGCUCCUCCAACGUGCUGGCCGCCAUAGUGUUCGAGCACACCUUCAACCACAGCAGGGAGCCCCUGCCGCUGGCGGUGAGAUACCACUUACGGUUCAGUUACACACGAAGAAAUUACAUGUGGACCCGAACAGGCUCCUUUUUCCUGAAAGAGACCGAAGGAUGGCACACCACUUCCCUUUUCCCACUGUUCCCAAACCCAGGACCAAGGGAACCCGCGUCCCCCGAUGGCGGAGAACCUGGGUACAUCCGAGAAGGCUUCCUGGCCGUGCAGCACGCGGUGGACCGGGCCAUCAUGCAGUACCACGCAAACGCCUCCACGCACCAGCUGUUUGAGAAGCUCACCGUCAUCGCCAAGAGGUUCCCUUACCCGCCUUUCAUCUCGGACCCGUUCCUCGUCGCCAUGCAAUAUCAGCUCCCCCUGCUGCUUGUGCUGAGUCUCACCUACAGCUCCCUCACCGUCAUCCGGGCCGUCGUGCAGGAGAAGGAGAGGAGGCUGAAGGAGUACAUGCGCAUGAUGGGGCUCAGCAGCUGGCUGCACUGGAGCGCCUGGUUCCUCCUCUUCUUCCUCUUCCUUUUCGUGGCCGUGUCCUUCGUGACCCUGCUCUUCUGCAUCAAGGUAAGGAAGGGCGUGGCGGUGCUCGCUCACAGCGACCCCUCGCUGGUGCUGGUUUUCCUGCUGUGCUUUGCCGCCGCCUCCGUCUCCUUCAGCUUCAUGGUCAGCGCCUUCUUCAGCAGAGCCAACAUGGCAGCAGCCAUAGGGGGCUUCCUGUACUUCUUCACGUACACCCCCUACUUCUUCGUUGCCCCCCGAUACAACUGGAUGACCCUCAGCCAGAAGCUCCUGUCCUGCCUCCUGUCCAAUGUCGCCAUGGCGAUGGGGGCCCAGCUCAUGGGGAAAUUUGAAGCGAAAGGCGUGGGUGUCCAGUGGCGAAACCUCCUGAGUCCCGUCAACGUGGACGAUGACUUCUCCUUUGGGCAAGUGCUGGGCAUGCUACUGCUGGACUCCGUGCUCUAUGGCCUGGUGACCUGGUACGUGGAGGCCGUGUUCCCGGGGCAGUUCGGCGUGCCCCAGCCCUGGUACUUCUUCGUCACGGUGAGUGCUGGCGGCCCUCUUCCGCACGGGGGCAGGGGUGUCCCCCGCACACGCCCCGGGCCCCUCCGGUCCCUGGCGCUCAACGCCUCGUCAGGCAUGUCCCGCGUGCAGUCAGGGAGCCGUGUGUCCCAAAGCCCUGAGACCCCCUACUGGCCAAGAUGAGCCCUGCAGUCCAGGAUCUGGAAAGGGCUCGCCCUGGCCCUGCAGCGCGGGACCAGCACACGCCCACCCCCGGCCUCACGUCAAACAAAUAUCCCACUGGUUCCUCCGCCUACAAAGUAACACAGCCUCCAGCCUCUUGGAAAAAUGAUCGCGUUGCUGGGAUUCCCGGCACAGUCCCACCGCCCAGAGACGCGCCGUGCUGACCCCUUGGUGUGCAAUGGUUCAGACUGUUCUGAGCACGUACCCUCCGGCAGCCUGAGUCUGUGUGUGCGUGACAUACGCGCACUUGCUUUUAUGAAAAGGGGAUCGUGUUAUCCAAGUCUCGAAACUUGUUUGGGGUAGUUUUUUUGUUCAUUUAAGUUUAUUUUACUUUGAGAGAGAGACUGUGUGUGUAUGUGUGGGAGGGGCAGAGAGAGAGAGAGAAAGAGAGAGAGAAUCCCAAGCAGGCUCUGCACUGUCAGCUCAGAACCCAACACGUGGCUCGAACUCAAACCACAAGAUCAUGACCUGAGCCAAAACCAAGAGUCAGACACUUAACUGACUGAGCCACCCAGGCACCCUGAAACUUUUUUUUUUUAACCUAACUUAGCUAUCUUAAAUACAAAUGUGUGUGAAUCUGUGUAUAAAUAUACUUUUAGAUACCUGUGCAUAAUUAUAAGUUUUGUUUUCCUCUUUGAAUUAAGUAUCUGCAUUUUCAUGAAUCACCUUCGUUUUUGAGCACAGCACCGGGUGGGGCCACCACCAUGUGGUCCGUCAGUCCCUGCUGCUGGCGGGUGAGCUGCCACCUGAGUGUCCCCUCUCUGGUUCCACACAUACUCACCAUGAAGACACUGGAGUGUUUCAUCACAUCUAAGGUGCCCCUGAUCCAUAGGGGCACUGUCACUUUCUCACCAAGACAAAUGGUGACAGUUAACUGUAGCACUCUGCGAUCUGUGACACAUUCUGAUUUCAGAGCCCUGUAAAACGUGAGAAGUGUGUCCCUUAAGACCAACAGGCUGGGGACACCCGGGUGGCUCAGUCACUUAAGCAUCCGACUCCUGAUUUUGGCUCAGGUCAUGAUCUCACAGUUUGUGGGUUCGAGCCCCACCUUGGGCUCUGCACUGACAGCUUAGAGCCUGUUUGAGAUUCUUUGUCUCCCUCUCUCUCUCACUCUGCCCUUCAUGCUUGUGCACAUGCGUGCACUCUCUCUUUCCCUCUCUCUCAAACAACAACAACAAACAUUUAAAAAAAGACCAACAGGCCGUGGUGUGCUAGAACCAUUCCAGGCAUGGGAAGUACCAAGAACGGAGAUGGGGGUGCCCCUGUGGGGCUUAGCUGGGGACGGCUCUCCCAGGGCCCGGUUCUUCCCUUUCCUGUGACCCUCCCCACACCCGUGUGUCAUCUGUGCCCAUGGACCACCCAAGGGCAGGGGUUCUGCGUGGCCUGUGGCUGUAUUCUUAACGCAUUCUUGGUAUUGUUACGGCUAGACAGAGGGCAGGGUUCCUUGUCUAGACUGAGUGCAUGGUUUUUUAUCUAGACAGAAGGCAGGGGUCAUUGUCUAGAUGGAAGGUGGGGGUCAUUGUCUAGAUAGAAGGCGGGGGUCGUUGUCUAGACA